CCAUUUUCACCUGAAAAAGGAAGUUUAACAAUUCCUUUUUGUCUACUCGAAUACCGGAACUAGGGAAGUUCGAAGAUGGCAUACCUCCCAUACGAGGAGCCUGGAAUCGUGGUCAUUCUUUCCUUGACCUCAUUUAUCGUUCUGUUAAACAUCACUCGAUAUAUCCUAGACCGCGCCCUAUAUUGUGGCAUCAUAGGGCAAAUUCUCAUUGGGAUAAUAUGGGGUCUACCAGUUGGAGGGACGUCAUGGUUGACACAUGGAGAUCAGGAAACGAUUCAAGCAUUGGGCUACCUGGGCCUGAUAGGUCUCGUAUUUGAAGGGGGCCUCAGUACAGACUUUAAACAGCUUCGAAAAUGUGCCUAUGUUUCUGUGUCGGUAGCUACUGUUGGCUUAUUGAUGCCAAUUGCAUUGUCUUUCCUCUUGCUUAUCUUACCUUUUCCCAGUAGUUCUGGGACGUUGUAUCCCACCCCUCUGGCCGCCUUUUCCGCGGGUGCCUCACUAUGUUCGACGUCUUUAGGAACGACGUUUGCUAUCCUUUCCUCUGCGAAUAUGCAGCAUACUAGAGUGGGCGUGAUACUCGUGGGUGCUGCCAUGAUGGAUGAUGUUGUGGGCCUUGUUAUGGUAAACAUUGUUACGACUUUAGGUAGGGGAGGCAUCGGUGGGUGGCCUAUUGCAAGACCGAUAGUUGCGAGUUUUGGUCUACUCAUUGUCUCAUUAGCUGUCUGUAGAUUUAUUCUCACACCUAUCUGGCUCUACCUUGUCAAGAAUUCGCAACUCGAGGUAGCUCCCAACAUUAACACAAGCAGCAAAUCUGAUAUCAAGGGAUUUGCCCUUCAGCCAUUCCGAAAUGUCCCACAUCUUAGUUUUCUCCUUCCAACGUUGGUAUUGAUUGUUUUUGUCACUAUUGCAUCCUUCAUCGAUGCGUCUGUUCUUUUCGCUGCGUUCAUCGCUGGUGGUGUAGUCAAUUACCUGUGGGGUGUCGGAAUGCAUGAUGUUGAAGAAGAAUCAAUGUCAAAUGCAGCUCAGAUAAUGUAUGAAGAGUAUUAUAAAUCAGUUAUGGACUUCAUAUUGGUUCCUUUUUUCUUUGUGGGUACCCAUGAAUCUAUCUCGCUUCAAGCAUUUUAGCCAAUACUUGAUCUAGGGAUCUUAACUAAUAAAAUGUAUCUAGGCGUCCAUUGGUUUCUCAAUUCCGAUCACAGACAUGUUUAGCGCCUCGAUCGUCUGGAAAGGCAUUGUCUAUUCGAUUCUUAUGAUCAUUGCAAAAGGACUAGUGAGCCUCGUUAUGUACUUCGAGUACUUCAUAAAGUCCUGGCAAAAACUAAAGACGACAGUAUCAAGCCGUAUGCCAACGCAGCAACCGGAAUCCUCAUCAGCUGCUACUACCCGUCCACCACAUUCAGAGGCUUUACUCGUGGGAUUUUCCAUGGUUGCUAGAGGAGAAAUAGGGUUCUUAAUCGCGUCCCUUUCGCAAAGCUCAGGCACUCUGUUGUUGAAGAACCGAAACAAUACUACUGUCGCAUCCGGCGAAGCAGUGUUUCUUGUCAUCGUUUGGGCUGUAAUGAUUUGCACGAUUGCCGGACCAGUUGUUGUUGGCGUCCUUGUAAGGCGUUUGAAGAAUCAAGCUUAGAUCUCAACUAGACCCCACGAAGUUCUUGAUUUUGUACAUCUUAGGCGACAAAUCGGAAAUCUACAGACGCCAUUGAAUACACUUGUUCGCAGUAAAUCAAAGACCUUGUACGGCUGUCGGAUAAUGUUGCAACACGAAUUCGGGAUCUGGGCCGAACUAUUGUCCUGGAGGGUGUCCAGCUAGCUAUUUUAUAUUCACUUCCUUGCAUUACUCAGCACCCAUUCGCAGCGUACAGAACUUCGAGGACAGCAAUAUUAACCCUACCACAAUACAAAUAUCUGCGGACAUGGACAUCAUCUUCAAAUAGCCUCCCGUUUUUCAUGUCACCUUGGUAUUAAGUAGCACAGCACCAGUACAUUGUUACACCUUGAGCGAAAAACAUCCAGAGGUCAAGAGAAUACCAUGGUUGAAGGACAUCCGGGUUAAGAGGAUCUUCACGCUUUAGUCUUCAUAUGAGGAUGCAAUAGUGAGGGAAUGCGAAAGAUCCGCGAACCUGACCUAUCGCAUCAUAGGGGACUUCCGGUGACAGUGAUUAAUAAUUACGGUGACAACAAUUUUGUUUCGGAAGCUCAGAUUACAAUCUUGUCAGAUUAGAAAAAGGCAUGAAGAAGCAAGCGUAACGGUAAAGAAAAACUCAAAACUCCGUACCCGCAACCUAGUUUUAGCUCGGAAAGCGCGGCUGGCAUGAGGCUAGGGAAUAUUUAUUAAGCUGGAGAG